GUACCCAUCGCUGUCGCAAACGGCGCGUUUUCAAAAUGGCGUAACCUCGCUCACGUAAACUUAGCCAAUCAGCUCCAAAAAGAUAAUAAAAUCUUGAUGAUAAAGGCGAAGAAGCGGCGGUUUGUAUAACUCGAGAGCAGCGAACGUGCAACAAUGAUAAUCCGGAAGAAAGUGUGGCCACGAACUGUCAGUGAUGUGCUGUCGAUGGUCUUCGUUCUAAUCAUAUCGCCUCUCCUGUACUGGUUCGGGUUAUGGAUAGUACUGCCAGGAUUGUACGGCGAUGAGUACCCCGUGUUGUACGCGUUCCACUUCAUUCUCGGCAAUUUUAUUAUGCUGAACAUUAUAGGUAACUUUACGUACACGGUGCUGUGCGACACUAGUACUAGUGGCAGUGGGCGCGUCAUACCGGUGAGCACCGCGAAGGUAGCAGACGGUUGGCGACUGUGCACAAUCUGUGAAUGUUUGGCGCCGCCGCGUUCUUGGCAUUGCAGUACCUGCGAUACCUGCAUUCUCAAACGUGACCAUCACUGCGUGUUCACUGGUUGCUGUGUGGGUUACUAUAACCAUAGGUACUUUGUCAUGUUCCUAUGCUAUCUGUGUUUUGGAGCAGCAUAUGCCUUCUGCUACGGCAGCCUCUUCAUCUGGAACAGAAUACCUUUCGAGUUCCCAAUGUCGAUCCUCAAGAUGCUCUUUCCAGUGAUCUUCUUUGGAUUUGACAUGUCCAUGGAUCAAUUCUAUCUGAUGUUGUAUGACGUCUCAGCAGUGGGUACCUUGUACACUGGAAUAUUAUGCAUUUAUCACUUUAACUUGAUUCUCAGGGGCGUCGUGGGGAACGAGAGUAACAAGAAGGAUUUCACGUAUGAUAUGGGUUGGAAGGACAAUAUUAGAGAAGUGUUUGGAGAACGGUGGUACCUGACGUGGUUGCUUCCUUAUAUAAAAUCGCAGUUACCACACGAUGGAGUCUUGUGGGAUCACUUGUCUUCGAAGAAAGAUUGAAUUACUUCAAUUGAUUGCCCUAACUCUUCUCGAACUGUGAAAUAUGCUCGAGGCAAGCUUUUUGUCUGUUAAAAAGUAUUGUUGGACAUCUCAAUAACCAAAGAACAAGGAUUAAUUCAAGCUGAAAGAAUUACACUUUUUUAAUCAGUAGAACUAGAGUCGAGUUAAUUAAUAAUUUACUAUCAAGCAUAUUAUUUCUUCUGUAUAACUGUUGUACAUAAGAUUUAUAUCAAAACAGGUAAUAUUAUAUAAUUUUAUAUAAUAUAUAUAGAAAUUGUAUAUUUCUUUGGCACAUCUAAAAUUAGCAUCAAUUAUAAAUAUUGUCUAUGUUAAAGCUAAAUAAAUGUAGUUAAGAAUGUUUUAAAUUUCUUAAGGAAAUUCUUCAGUCUUUUCAUAUAUAAAUUCUUGAUUAAUAGAUUUAUAGACAUUUUUAAUUUUUUCAAUUUUUCAACUAUAUAACUUUUCUUAACAUUACAUAUAAUUUUCUAAAAUAGCAUUGGCCUUGUUUACAUUGAUUGUUUGAUACUUCACUAGUUAUUUACUAUUUGAUAGCAUAUCAAACGAUUGGUGGAAACAAGGCCAUUGAGUCUUAUGAGAAGGAAAAUAUAAAAAUGGGAAAAAAGAGGAUUAUAUAUAUACAAAAGAUAAGAUUUUUUGAUGAUUUUUCCAAAUUUCUGUGAUGAUUUUGUUGAGUUUUCUGUAAUGCUGAUUGGUUCUCUUACCAUACUUACUUCGUGUUGCGAGAGUAACUAUUAUUGGGAUUGAAUUUUGACAGCUGCCAAAUUUGUAUAGAUAGUUAUUUAUAUACAAUUAUCAUUGUAAUUUAUUUUUAAAAGGUAAAAAAUAUGUCAAAUAGCAUGUGCGCAUCUGUGAUGUCUACUAUUAUAAAAAUAUAGAAUAAUUAGACAUAGAUAUAUGUAAUAAAAAAAUAUUUAUUUACUGUGACAGAAAAUUAAAAAAAAUUAAUUAUUAAGAAUAAGAUUAUAAGAAUAAUAUUAGAAUUAAAACUAAAUAUCACAAUUAGAAAAAAAUUAUGUAGAAUGUCAUCUUACCCACAAUCAUCAUGUAUAUUUUAUAAAAAUGUUGCAAAUAUGAGAAAUGAAAAAUAUGAAUAUGUUAGUGUAGCAUUCUUUUUACACCUUUUUAAAUUUUUUAUUUUUGUGACGUCGGAUUAUUUUUCAUUCUUGAUUGACCAUAGGCCUAUUCUUCGUCGCUGCAUUGCUGCACUGGUGCAAUAAGUUAGAAUGAGACAAAUAUAUUUUUUUCUCAUUCUAACUUAUUGCACCAGUACAGCAGUACAGCUACCAAGAACAAGCCUUAUGAAGAAGAGCUUUUGAUAUUCAUUUUUACACAGAAGAUGACACAAACUACAACCACAGACAGUUUUGCGAUAUUAUACUGUUGCACUGAGGAGGAGUCAAAUUGUGAGCCAAAUCGUUUGCAUACUCAAUGUACAUAAUUUCGUUUGUGUUCGUGUUGCAAUGUAUUUAACAUCAGCUUAUAAUAAAUACUUAUAUGAAAUACAUUUCUUAUACACUAAUA